UUGUUUGUUUGCUUCUUUUUUUUUUUUUUUUUUUUUUUUUUUUUUUGUCUCCUCCCCCUCUCUUUCUGGUUCUUCACUUAAUUAUUUGUCUACCUCGUCGCCGCGUUUUGAAGCCCUCUGCGAAACUCCGGCGGUGGCAAAGGCGAGGAGGAGUUAGCUGGCCCGCGGAGAUGCUUUAGCUGCUCCUGCUGCGGCGCUGGGGCUGCGCGCCAGCUGCCCGCCGGGCGGGGACCGCGGGGGGCGGCAGCCCGGGGUCGGAGGGGCUAAAGGACGAGCAAGAGCCGGCCCUGGCGGAGGCUGGCGUUUCUAGAAAGAAUGUCAGCGACUUUUUAAUAAUGGAGAGCUACUUGUUAUCACCAAUGUGCACAUGAAAUGGAAAGGGAACAGAUUCUGGAAAACAACUUCUGUUUCAACCUUGCAAGAUGGUGCAUGAAGUGUGUAAAGAAGCUUAAGUGACUGCUCUACUUGAUCAAAAUGGUGGACACUGAAAACCAGCUCUAUCCCCUUACUCCCUUGGAGGAGGAUGAUAUAGGCAGCCCUUUAUCUGGAGAGUUCCUACAAGAUAUGGAGAACAUUCAAGACAUCUCUCAGUCUCUAGGUGAUGAUAGCUCUGGAGCUUUAAGUUUAACAGAGUUCCAGUCAUUGGGAAAUGGUCCAGGAUCUGAUGGGUCAGUUAUAACAGACACCCUUUCACCAGCAUCCAGUCCUUCAUCCAUUAAUUUUGCCACAGCUCCAGGUAGCAUAGAUGAAUCACCCAGUGGAGCAUUAAACAUUGAAUGUAGAAUUUGUGGGGAUAAAGCCUCAGGCUACCAUUACGGAGUACAUGCUUGUGAAGGUUGUAAGGGUUUUUUUAGAAGAACGAUUCGUUUAAAACUCAUCUAUGAUAAAUGCGAUCGCAACUGCAAAAUUCAGAAAAAAAAUCGUAAUAAGUGCCAAUACUGUCGUUUUCAAAAGUGCCUUUCAGUUGGAAUGUCACAUAAUGCAAUACGUUUUGGACGAAUGCCAAGGUCUGAGAAGGCCAAGUUGAAAGCAGAAAUUCUAACAGGUGAAAAUUAUGUAGAAGAUUCAGAAACGGCAGAUCUUAAAUCACUUGCCAAAAGAAUUCAUGAUGCUUACCUGAAGAACUUCAAUAUGAACAAGGUUAAAGCCAGAAUCAUCCUUGCAGGGAAAACUAAUAACAAUCCACCAUUUGUUAUACAUGAUAUGGAUACCUUGUGCAUGGCAGAGAAGACCCUGGUGGCAAAAUUGGUAGCCAAUGGAAUUCAGAACAAGGAAGCAGAAGUUCGAAUCUUCCACUGCUGCCAGUGUACGUCUGUAGAGACUGUCACAGAACUUACUGAAUUCGCCAAAUCUAUCCCUGGCUUCUCCAACCUUGACUUGAAUGAUCAAGUGACACUGUUAAAAUACGGAGUUUAUGAAGCCAUAUUUGCCAUGUUAGCAUCUGUGAUGAACAAGGACGGGAUGCUGGUAGCCUAUGGAAAUGGUUUUAUAACCCGGGAGUUCCUGAAAAGCCUGAGAAAGCCAUUCUGUGAUAUAAUGGAGCCAAAAUUUGAUUUUGCAAUGAAAUUCAAUGCACUGGAAUUGGAUGAUAGCGAUAUAUCCCUUUUUGUUGCUGCCAUCAUUUGUUGUGGAGAUCGUCCUGGUCUUGUAAAUGUAGGACACAUAGAAAAAAUGCAGGAGAGCAUAGUGCAUGUACUGAAACUUCACUUGCAAACCAACCAUCCUGAUGACAUCUUCCUCUUCCCAAAACUUCUCCAAAAAAUGGCUGACCUCCGACAACUUGUCACAGAGCAUGCUCAACUUGUUCAGAUAAUUAAGAAGACUGAAUCUGAUGCACAUUUACACCCUUUACUACAGGAAAUCUACAGGGAUAUGUAUUAAGGAUUUUUAGUAUUUUUUUCCACAAUAUUUAAAGACAAGAGCAAUACUAAUAACAGAUGGGAGCAAAACUACUUGCAGAGUUAUCUGCUGUUCACUCAGCCCAGAGCAUGAAAAAUCUAAAAGCUGGGUAACUGGAGUGUUACACUGCUUUUGAUUUGGGAUAUUUUGUCAUCUUUUGAAAAAGUUCUGCAGAAAAAUACUGAUCAUAGUGUUUAUGAAGUGUCUUACAAUGGUUCCUUUAUUUGGAAAUUUGAAGAUUGGUAAGGAAUACAUAUUUGUAUAAUAAAUCAGAAUGUUAAGUAACAGAAAUGAA